GAACGAUGAUUGCGACUCGCUGGUGCGAUCGGCAUUCUUUCGGCUCGUAUUUACCUCCAGCUUCAAGUCCAGCUUCUUUCAUCCGCAGAUCCACAACGUUUUCAUCUUCUUCUAGAAUAGACGACAUCGUCUCAGCAGAAAGGUGUAAUCUUGUAAACACUUACUCAACUUGGGUGAAAUUGUUGGACACGGUGGGACGCUUUGCCGAUCGCCAUCUUCAGUUUGAGGGUCAUUCACAAAUAUUUGCUUAGUGCUGCCACGACACAGAAUGCGGAUCGCAGAUUCCAAAAUCAAGCGAGACUUGUAAAUGUGCACCUAUUGCCAAGAUGAUCCUGACGCAAUCGGACCACAAAAACAAUCUGAAAGGGUGAAACUCGUUCAAGAUUAGAGUGCAUCAGACGAGAAAUGUUGAUCAUAAUGAACUACCGGAUCAAACCGAAAAGCUUCAGCAGUUGAUCACGCGAGAAAUUCGAUUGUUACACCAAAGUGGCAAAACGUACAACCUGAUGGAAGAAUCUGACGGACAAUCGAUUUUCAACAACAAAGACGAAUGCACAUUAGAUUACAUGAACACCAAUAAACUACCGCAAGAUCAUCCUUGCGUGAUUGAAACUAUCCGAAAACAUUACCUGAACAAACCUUCGCCACCUGAUGUUCCUCUCAAGCUUGACACUGAUGACGAUCAAGAUCGAUCACCAGGACAGACUGGAGUUAUAUUCCGGCUCUUGAAAAACCAGACGAAAGGUUUUUUUGUGGAAUGUGGCGCUUUGAAUGGUGAAUUCAUGUCGAACACGAUCGACUUGGAGCGCAAAUUCAAUUGGGGAGGAAUUUUGAUUGAAGCCAAUCCUGAAACUUUCAAGAAGCUUAUCUCACGUAAUCGUAAAGCGUGGACCCUACCUGCCUGUCUCAGCUUGGAACCUUUUCCUACACAGGUGACUUUCCAGAUGAAAGUUGGUGAUCCUGGCCACAGCCACAUCGAAGGUGCGGCAAAAACGUUGCAGAAACCUGGAAUUCCCGGUGUUGAUCCUGAUUUGGUAACAGUCCAGUGCUUUCCGUUCUAUUCUAUUCUGCUGGCAGUAGGACAAACGCAGGUGGAUUUUUUCAGCCUUGACGUCGAAGGCCAUGAACUGAAAAUUCUCAAGACAAUACCGUGGCAUAAAGUUGAUAUUAAGUCAUUAACGGUUGAAUGGGACCACAUACCGGAAGGACAGGAAGCCUUAAUCCGCUUCAUGGAAGAAAGUGGUUUCAUCAAGAUCGGCGCAUUUGAUUUUUUAUGGAGUAGAGACGUCAUCUUCAUUAAAGAUCUAAUUAAUAUUCAUUAAUUACCCACAUUGUCGACUUGUUUUUUUAAUGUUGAAGCUGUCGGUUAUUUCUCGUUUCAAUCGAAAACAGAGCAGGCCUCAGCUCACGAAUGAAUUUCAUUCGUACCUAUGUAAUACACUCAUUUUCGACGGAUUCGUUGACGGUUGACGAAUGAAAAAGGCCGUCUUACAAAUUCGUAUGGUUUGCGUGACUUGAAA